AUGGCAGCUUCUUCCUCAAGCUCCAGCAUCGCAUCGUCGGGGCCAUCGGGGGUCUUCUCGGCAGCGACAAAGUCAGAGACUUUAAGACUCGCCGGUACUGAAUGUUGGGCCUGCUCAACAAGAAUGCCAGAUAUCUGCCAGGUCGUGCUUAACCAUGAUCCACAGAUUCCAGUAUGGGAACAGAUAGGCCUAUUCACAUUCAACUUUAAGACCACACACAACUCGAUUCCCCUCUGUGGAGCCUGCCAUACAGAGUUUGAUAUGCCUCUCGACCCUGGAUACGUCUUUUUUCCAACAGAUAUACAGUACUUCAUUGAUUUCGAGAGUCAGGAUCGUUCUCGGCGAGCGCGAAUUGCGACGGAAACUAGGAUUCCUAUGUCGUCUCUCUCACGGCAGGUACCAACGAAUGAGGAGUAUAAGCAACAUGGAAUUGACAAGAAAAUGAUCUUACCUACCGCGGUUGGUGGCCGAUACAGCCGUGUGUUCUUGAAACAAUUCCUACACAAUGGCGAAAUUCCGGGAAUCGAGAAACAAUACUCAAGUCCAAAAGAAUGGCACGGUGCCCCCAUUGCGUCCAUUCGCCGUGCCUUCGCAGCUCUUGGAAGCCCUCGUUUCUUUCUCAUUGUGGAUCCUAAAAUUCGAAACAUGCUUGAAGAGCUGCGACGACUUUAUUUCAGUGAUCAUGACCUUCCCCCUGAGCAAGCUUCUCUGCGUGUCGUGUAUCGACCACAAGCCGAGACAAGCCAAAAGCAUCAGCUGGAAGUCUCUAGCAAUGGUGAGUCGGGGCCUGUGAAGGCCAAGGGUGAGGCUACUGGUCAGACUGGAAUACCCGAAUCAACAGAAUUGUGCGGCGAAUAUACCGAGUGGGUGUUGGGACCCGGAUUUACUACGAAUGAUGUCGUCAGGCGAUAUGAGCCCGUCUUUUCCUCACUUGACUCUUAUUCUCCUACGGAGUAA